AUGGCGAUGGCAAGCAAAUCGAUCAAGUCUUUUCAGAGGCCGGAUGUUGAACUGCGAGUGACCGUAUUGGAUAGAGUGUUGCCGUACAUGCAUCGAUACGUGAGUGUAGCGCCCGAAAACACUGUGGAUUACGUGACUUGCUUCGAUAAACUCAGUGCAGUGCAUUUCUGCGAUGCAAUAGACCACAAGGAAGUGCAUUUGCAUGCACGUAAUAUGAUACUGGGUGACCUUUUGUAUAGAGAUCAUGUUGACCCAGUCAAAAAAAAGAAACGCUUUCGUCGUCGUAAAUAUCCACAUCUAAUUGCGAAAAGAAAAACACCGAAGCCAGUCGCUGAUGAUCAACGUCGUACGCACAUUUUUAUCACUCAACAUUCGUUCAGUAAAAGCAUCCGACAACUUAACAUGCAACGAUACAUGAUCCCAAGCAUUGUUGAUCAAGUGACACGAGCGUACAAUUCAAGACGAAAGAAUAAAAAAUUGUUCAAAGAAAAGAAGAAACGACACGAACCACAUCGCCGUUCUCAGUACCAUGAAUACGGUGGUUAUCGCUCGUAUCAGUUGUGCAAGAAGGAUAUCCGCGUCAAGAAAUGUGCCCUUAGGAAGCGAUUGCUGUGUGAGAUUGAUGAAGAUGCCGUUGAGAUGGGCAAUGGAAUGUCACUGGGAUCAGACAUCACUGAAUUUGAUCACGAACUGGAUCGAUUCGACGAUACUGAGAACGUGGACAAAUCCGAAUCGUAUGAUGAAACGUUUGAAUGGAAACCUCGGCAACUAUCAUUGGGUGACUUUUUGGAGGUGUUGAAAUGCAAACAAGAACAUAAGGACUCACUGAGUAAAAAGAUGCAGCCGGUAGAGCAGUCUGCAGAAUACGACUGCUGGUUGCAUUCUUCACCAGCAAAAGAAGCACUGGCAACGGAUGUUGAAGAAUCUGAGCAAUCGCACGACAUGAACAAUAAUGAAAUCGAAAUUGUUGAACCAAAGCCUUUGACCAGUUUCAUCGUUGACCUCAGCAAAGAGCAACAAGCCACAUAUGCUGAGAAAGAUGUCGCAAUAAUUGCCGAACGACUGAUGCCCAGAUCAAACGAACUCUUCGGUAUUAUACCGCCAACGUUCUUCUCAUCACUCAACGAUAUAUCGGAGGAAUUGAAAUCACUCCUACCUCAGUUGGACGAUCAUCUUGCUGGUUUCAUUUUCAUGAACAAGAUCUCUAAUACGUAUGCGGAGAAUAUCACGCUAAGAUUCAUACUCAAUUCGGCAGAUGACACCUCAGAAGUGGAAGAAUCCUCAUCGUCUUAUUCACUCAAACUACAGACCUCCUUGUCACGCUUCAUUCCAUCUGAUUAUUUUGUGUCCUCAUCAACCAUUUAUAAACCGCAGUUUGCCGAUAAAAUCGCGUGUGAUCAACUGCUAUCCGAAAGUCGAUAUAAGUGUGCGGAUCUGCCAUCAACCUCAUUUGCCGUAUCGCCGCCAUCGUCGUCGUAUUGUGCUAUAUGUGAUUCUGAGACGGAUGAUGGUUUUUCGCUGAGAUGUUCACAUCGAUUCUGCAGGGAAUGCUGGACUAAACACGCUUCAUCGGCGAUCGCUUCU